AUGAGUGUGGUUUUGGAUUUGUCCUUCCCUUUGUGCGUUUGGAUCUCUGCUGCCAUCGCCAUUACCUACACACUGCUGGGAGGUCUCUACUCUGUGGCCUACACAGAUAUUAUACAGCUUGUGCUCAUAUUCUUCAGCUUGUGGAUCUGUGUUCCCUUUGCUUUGAUGAACCCUUACUCCUUGGAUAUUAGCCAGACACUGAUGAACAACACCUUACACACUCCCUGGAUUGGUAGACCAGGACUGAAAAAGACCUGGAUAAUGAUUGAUGAUUUCUUAUUCUUUGCACUAGGGAAUGUGGGAUAUCAGGGCUUCCACCAGAGGACUUUGUCGGCGUCUUCAACAUCUACAGCCAAGAUCACUUGCUUUAUCGCUGCUGUCAUCUUCCCUGUAUUUGGGAUACCUUCUAUACUGCUUGGGGCAGUCGCUGCAUCCACAGACUGGAACCUGACUUCCUAUGGUUCUCCAUCUCCAUAUGAACGAGGGGAAUCAGCUCUAGUUCUGCCUCUGACCCUGCAGCACCUCACCCCGUCCUUCAUCUCCAUCAUCGGUACUGGAUGUGUGGCUGCCGCCGUGAUGUCAUCGGCUGACUCUGCUUUGCUUUCUGCAGCUUCUCUCUUCACCUCCAACAUAUACAAGAACAUCCUGAGGCCUCAGGCUUCAGACAGAGAGACUCUGUGGGUGAUCCGUGCUUCUGUCUUGGUAGUGGGCUUAGUUUCUACAUCACUGACCAACCUGGAAAACAGCGUCUUACUGUUCUGGUUCAUUAGUGCUGAAGUGGGCUAUGUCAUAAUCUUCCCUCAACUCGUCUGCGUCCUCUUCUUCAACAUCUCCAACGGUUACGGGGCUGUGAUGGGUUUCCUGGUGGGAACUGUGUUAAGGCUGCUCAGUGGAGACCCAUUACUAGCGUUAACACCAGUCAUUCAUUUCCCAGGAUGCACUCUUGAGGACGGUGUUUAUGUCCAGUACUCUGCGGUUAAGACCAUCUCCAUGCUGUCUGCUGUUGCUGCCAUCUUGUUUUUCUCCUACCUGGCUUCUGUGCUCUUCAACAAAGGCCUGAUUCCUGAGAAGUGGGAUGUGUUCAGAGUGAAAGUCCAGCACUCACCACAACCACUGACAGCAACAUAUGUUGCAACAGAAUACACAUGA